AAAACGUGCAGAGAAGAUCUGUGGAUGGCGCGCCACAGCAGACAUGGACGAGGAGUGGAACAUCUCAAUGGCCGGCUGUGGCUUCAGGAGCGUCUACUACUUGGGAGCGCUGACUUGCAUCUUGGAGCGAGCGCCCCGCUUGGUCCACGGAGCUUCCAGAAUCUGCGGCGCGUCGUCCGGAUGCCUCGUGGCCGCCGCGUUGACCGUCGGCCUUCCCGUCGAACAUCUGUGUGUGGAUGUGUUGAGCGCGGCCAAGGAGGCCAGGAGACAUCACCUGAGCGUCUUCCACCCCAACUUCAGUCUCCUGAGGACGGUGAGGGACUCUCUGCAGGAGAAGCUUCCACAAGACGCCCACCUGAGAGCCUCCGGGAGACUUUGUGUGUCCCUCACCAGGAUGUCCAACUGGAAGAACGUCCUGGUGUCUCAGUUUGACAGCAGGGAAGAACUCAUCCAGGUGUUGAUAUGUAGCUGCUUUUUCCCCUUCUACUGUGGCUUCAUGCCACCUUCAUACCGUGGAGAGCUUUUCAUGGACGGCGCCCUGAGCAACAACAUGCCACUGUUCGAGCAGCGCAACACCAUCACUUUGGCGCCCUUCUGCAGCGAGAGCGACAUCUGUCCCAAAGACGGCGCCUUCACCUGCGUGUCCGUGCAUUACGCCAACCUCAGCAUCCAGGUGACCACGGGCAACGUGCACCGCAUCUGCACGUCCUUCCUGCCCCCCGCGCUCGAGGAGCUGGCGGACGUCUUUCACGGCGGCUACGCGGACGCCCUCCGGUUCCUCCGACAAGGAGAUCUGCUCGGACCAUCGUCCUGGCAGGACGAGGGGGACAGUCUAAAGUCGGCUGUGGGACUACAGGAGGACAUUCCACUCAGCUCCAAGAAAGGGUGGAGAGAGGCGGGUCACGUUGGUGCCGGUCCACCUUGGCAACUCAGAAUUUUGUUCUGUCUGCUGACUCCACUCGUGUUGGCUGCAGAGUUGAUCUUCUUCCUCAUCAAAAGGUGAAGUGUUCAGAGAAUAGGCGACCAGGAAGAAAUCCUGGUAAUUCAUCUAUAUAUAGUAUACACACAAAAUAAGUUAUAAAACACCAAGAAAUAUCUCUGUUAUAUACUGUAUGUAUUAAAUAACAGAUAUUACCCAGGUAUUUUGUUUAUUUAUACACUAAAACAAAUUUAACAACCUGACCGGGAAAUAGGUCUGGUAUUAAUUUGUGCAAUGAAAUAGAUUACCAGGAAAUGUUCCUAGUAUUAGUAUCCAAACAAAGGAAAAAAUAGAUAAAUGAAUAGAUAAAUAAAAACAUCAACAAAUAGUAAUAUUAAUAAUAAAGUGAUAAAAAAUAA